AUCUUGCGAGGAUUAAAAAUGACUGAAUCUUUAGAAACAAACGAAGUUCUUAAGCGUGUUUUGAAGUCUGCUUUGAUUGCGGAUGGAGUUGCUCGAGGUAUUAAUGAAGCUGCCCGUACAUUGGACAAGCGUGAGGCUUUUUUCUGUAUUUAUGCAAAAGGAUGUGAUGAGCCAAGCUAUGAAAAGCUAGUUCGUUCUCUUUGUAAUCAACACGGAAUUCCGAUUAUUGAAGUUGAAGAUAAAUCAGAAUUAGGUCAAAUGGUUGGGCAAUGUAAAGUAGACAAGGAAGGGAAGGCUAGGAAAAUUGUUGGUUGUUCUGUGGCCGUUGUUAAAAAUUAUGGGCGUGAUGAUGAGGCUAAAAGUGAAAUGGAGGAAAUUUUGAAGAAAGUUAAAGUUGGGGGAAAUGAUGAAUAA